CUCAUUAGACCAGUGCAGAGUGAGUGAUCUGGUAGCCGCUGCUGCAGGAGGAAGGAUCGCGGUUCUACCCGUACUACCGUUCAGUUUCGCCUCAAAAUUACAUUGACCGGUUUCGCCGGACAGAUAGCGUUAAAUCGUGUGUUAGCCCAAGGUAUUGAUUGUGACACAUUUGUGAGUACUGGUCUCCAGAUAUAGAGAACAGCCGCCAUUUUAACCGACUAUAACACGUUUUCGGUGACAGCAGCACAAGCACAACAAUGGCUCUGAAAAGAAUUCACAAGGAGUUGAAUGACUUGGCUCGUGAUCCUCCCGCUCAAUGCUCAGCCGGACCAGUAGGAGAUGACAUGUUUCAUUGGCAGGCGACAAUAAUGGGACCUAAUGACAGUCCUUACCAGGGUGGAGUGUUUUUCCUCACUAUUCACUUCCCCACAGACUACCCCUUCAAACCGCCAAAGGUUGCGUUCACCACAAGAAUCUACCACCCGAAUAUCAACAGCAACGGAAGCAUCUGUCUCGACAUUCUGAGGUCACAGUGGUCCCCCGCCCUCACCAUCUCCAAAGUUCUCCUGUCUAUCUGCUCUCUGCUGUGUGACCCAAACCCAGAUGAUCCUCUCGUACCCGAGAUCGCCCGCAUCUACAAGACUGACAGGGAAAAGUACAACAGAAUAGCUCGGGAAUGGACACAAAAGUAUGCAAUGUAGUUCUGGAGCUCGGAUUCACGGCGGGAAAAAACAAACAAACAAACAAACAGCCCACGCCACCUCUCUUGUCUCCGUACCCACGGCGACACUCGAAAGAUUAAGAGAAAAAAAAGCAAAAGCAAACAAAAAAAACAGGUCUCAAAUUCCAUUGGAGUGCUUUGCUCCUGGCCACUCCCCCUUCCCCUCCUAAACCCCUUGACCCUGACCUUUGACCUUGCCCAGCAGACAUGGUGUGUACAUACUCUCUCCGCCCCGACCACGUGACCCCAUCCCUCACUCUACUUCUCUAUCCACUCCAUCUCUCUCCUUUUCCAUCUUUCAUCCCACCUUCUUUCCCUCCUUCACCCCCCCCCCCACCCCACAACAUGCACGCUCCAUGUCUUGCUCCCACCUUUGUCGCCACGGCGACUAGCCCCGUCCCCUCCGAGGUUCAGUCAGAACUAGCUGGCGCAGCGUUGCCUUUUUUUUUUUUUUUCUCUUUCCCAUAAGCAUUCCUUCUUCAUUCGUCAUUCUGAAAGAAAAGGUAAAUAAUAAUAAAAAAAAUAAGAAAAUAAAUACGAUUUUUAAAAAUAAGUAAACAAGCAGUUGCUGGAGCCUGGUGCCCUGAGGAGCAGGGUUGGGUUAGUUGGGGGAUUGAUGAGGGGAGGGAUUGAUGGAGGGGCGUUCACGAUAUAAUGGACCUUCAUGUUCUCAUCCUUUCCACGGCUCGCGCUUGUAUUUGCGGCUGGGGGGUGUUCUUUUUUUCCUUUCCUCUGGUUUAGCCUUUUUUUUUUUAUUUCUUCCUCCUAUCUGGGUCAGUGGAGGGGUAUGCUGGCUUGUAUUUUGUAUAAAAUCUUUAAGGAAUUCUUUUAAAUAAAAUCAUAGCAGACCAUUAAUGGGGGAAAGACCGCUGAUCUUUUGGAUCAUUCUAAAGGACUUGAAUUCUAUAAAUAUAUAAAUAUUUGUUUUUCCAUUCGCCAUAACCAUGACUGUCUCUCAUCCAUUCCCCCCCUCCCCCACAACCUUUUCCUACCCCUUACCCUCACAUACACACAUACUCUCCCUCACUCACACACGUGCACACACAUGCACAAACAUACACACACAAACAGGCGAGAUGUGGACCAGUUUAUUUAAGCCCUUCUUUAGUUGAGUCCUUGUGUUCUCUGGUUGGCUCUUGAGCCUUAGGUGGUGUUUUUGUUUUAGAAGCUAACAUGCGGCUGUGGGGGUGCGCGCUGACCCCCCUCCCCUCGCCCCUGCCCCCUGUUCCCCCAAUCCCACCCCUCCAGCAGAGGACCACCUCCAAACACACAUUUACAUACAUACAUACGCACGCACACACACAUACACAACUCUGUAUAUUUAAUUACCGGAAAGCUCCAUCGGGCUUUGUGUGUUGAUUAAAAACUGUGUAAUAAAAUGAUUACUAAAGUCU